CGUGCGUAUAACACCCUUGUUCGCACUAUCGCGACCGUCGACCGUCUGCUACAAUCAACAUCAACAACAUCAACAUGUACAUAUGUCACCAAUUUAAAUGUUGAUUCACUGUUUUGAUGCUGUGAAAUAAAUCAAAGAGUGAAGAUAGAAUCCAAAAUGUUUAAAGGACUGAAGAACAAAAUCCGUGAAGAAACCGGUAGUGAUGUUUCCAAAAUAGGCCCCCUUCUUGGUGGAGCGUCUCAAAAGUCAGCGGCAUUCAAGGGAAGACAUUCUCGUCAAGGAUCCACAUCCAGCAUUGGCAGUUUAUCUGUUGAUGGUAUUCGUGGAGAAACUUCUUACUCACCAGAACCCUGUGAAAAUGUAGCUGAUUUAACUCAGGAGGACUUAAAAGGUUUGCCUCAGAAAGAUGUGAAGCUGGUAGAGAAAAGAGAAGAUGAGUGGAAGAGGAAACUGAACAAAUUGGAGAUGGAGUGGAAGAGAAAACUGGAUGACAAAGAGAAAGAUUGGAAAAAGCAGUUAGAAACCAAAGAAGAAGAAAAAAAUUUGAAAGAUAAAUCUAUUGAGGAACUCCAGAAAGCACUUCUGUUGGCAGAAGAGUUCAAGGAAAAGUACUGUAGAUUUCAAGAGGAGAAAGAGCAGCUAGAGGGUUUUCAAACUCAGGAAAUGGCAAAAAUAAAACAUUUGCUUCUUGCCAAAGAGAGGGAAUUGUUGGAGAAAGUAAACACAAUAAAGGAAAACAGUGCUCAAAUAGCUACACUGAAAUCAGAAGUUAGUCGUCUGAGGCAUUUUGAAGAGGAGAUCAGCAAUGUUCAGGAUGAAAUGGAAACAUUACGCCACUCUUCUGCACAAGAAAGAAUGACUCUUCGCAGUGAGCUUGCACAAAGUGAAGAGAAUGUUCGUCAUUUAAAAGAUAGGGUUGCAGUCUUAGAAAGAAGAACAAGUGCUGACUGUGUAGCUCUUGGUGCUCCAUUAUCUGUCGAUGAAAGAGUCCAAGGCCUUUUAGGGGAACGCACUCUUUUGGAAAGACGGCUUGAGGAAGCCCAUCUGCAUUUAGCAGAUAUCAAAUCAUCAUGGAGUAGCAAAAUAACUUCAUUAGAAACUCAGGUUGGGCGUCUUUGCCGGCAAGCUGCUGAGGAAGGUGCUGAAAGGCGAAGGGCUGAGAAAGAAUGUGAACGGCUUGAAGAACGCAUUCAGCAGUUGGAAUCAGAAGUUGCCGGUGCUGCUGAAUCUGCGGUGGAGAAUAAUGCAUUAGUCCAAGAAAUAGAACACUUACGGAAUGAACUCGAUGCAGCUAACAGAGAAAAACGUGACAUUUCGGGGAAGAUGAAGGAUACUCAGACUUCACUGGAAAAUGGCUUGAAACGAUUACAGGAAGAGAUGACUUCAGAACAAGACAAAAUGACUCAGCUUCAAGCAAAGUCGGAAGCAGAAGCUAAGGAACUGAAAGAGGAGAUUGUUGAGCUUAAAGCUUUAUUGAACUCUGAAGCAGAAACCUCCCAAAACCAGAUAAAGCAGCUGGAGCAGCAGCUAGCUGCUGAGCGAUUAAAAUGUGCUGAAAUUUUUGGAGCCUUAGACAGAGAAAGAAGUGAAAGGGAGGCAGUUGUCCUCAAAUCAUCUGAAAUCUCUCACCAAGUUGAAUCAUCGAAACAUCAUAUUCAAGCACAAGAGGAAGAGAUGGAAGGCUUAAAGAAGCGUCUUGAGAUACUUGAGGGGACUUUGUUAGCAAAGGAUGAGGAGAUAAAGCGUAUUCAACACCAAAUUGAGAAUGCAACUGCACAGCUUAAAGAAGUAGAACAAGAAAGAGAUAAAUACAUUUUGACGUCCAAUCAAGAAAAAGAAUUGAGAGAAGCAGUUUCUGAACUGGAAUCACAGUUGCAGGAAAAAAACAAGAAUAUAAAGCAGCUUCAACAGAGGCUUGGGGAUAUGAAAAAAACACUCCAGAGGGAGCUAAAUAUUCAUCCUGGAACUUUUGGGGGAGAAUCAGGAAGCAAUGGCACGACCAGUAGUGGCUCAGCCUCUGAAGAUGCUUCUGCGGCUGUCCUUGCGCCGAGUUCCAGUCAUCAGGUGUCUCAGAGACGCUUGCAACAGCAGGCAGGAGCCACCUCAAGUCCUGUUGACUACAAUGACGUUAACUUCCAAUAUCUGAAGCAUGUGCUCAUCAAGUUUCUGACCAGUCGGGAGUAUGAAGCAAAACACUUAACAAGAGCAGUAGCAACACUUUUACAUUUUUCUCCAGAAGAAGAAAGGCUCCUUAGAGAAACUGUGGAGUGGAAAAUGUCCUGGUUUGGAUCUCGGCCUCACCUUGGGAUUGGUCAGAAAGCAAAAACCAUUCCACCAAGCUAAAUUAAUUGUAUUGAAGCUUCUAUGAAUAUCCACCUAAAACAAUGAUAUGGCCAAGGCCUUCCCUCUUGUUGGAAUUUAGCAUAACAAUUGUUCUAUUGUUGAGUAAAUUAAAUGAACUAUCUUAAAGUAACUGUUUCUUGUAAAGACUGUUGAGAUUUUUAUUUCCUGUUUAAUAGCCUUGUUUGGUUGUAGUUUGUUUUAGAAUACACUAUAUGUAUUGUUUUUGUGAACUCCUUUAUGUUUUGUUCCUACAAAAUUAUCACAUGAGAAUGAAGUCCUCAUUUUAUGGUGUUACUUGAUGUGUUCAUAAAAGUCGUAUGUGAUCAGUUCUAUUAUUGUGUGCAGAAAAUUUUGAUUUUGGGGACUUUGUGGUGCCAUGACUAAUAUUGUUUUCUGCAGCUUAUUGGGUUGUGCCAACUGAUGGUUUGUAAGUGGCAGCUUAUGUUUCACCAUUUUACAUUUCACCAAUCUGUUGGGCCAACUUAAGUAGUUUGCCCCAUUUAGUCAAGAAAUAUUUUGCAAAUUGUGCCAUCAACUCUCGUCAGAAACAUUACCAGUGGUCUGAGUAAUUUUUACUUUACUUUCAUAAAUCUAUGACUCUUCAUUUUAUUCCAGUCCAAAUGAGCCAGCUCUCUUUUGGUUUGCUAGCUUGAGAGUCAGUCAAUCAAGGUCAGACUCAAGCAAAUUUGUUAUUGUUAAACACCCAAUUUUUUAAAAAUCAUCUCAUAGCAUAGUUUGCCUGUAAAGUAGGUUUUUUGAGCAGAGUAAUGAUUAACCAUAACUUGAUGUCAUUCCGGACAGGUAAAUGUGAAAGGUUGAAAGAUCUUCCGUCCUAUCUAUUUCGUUAUUAUUUACUUUUACUAUAAUAUGUAGUUUUUUGCUUUAUUAUUUUAGUGACAUAACUUUAAUAGGGGACCAAACUGACAAACAAUUUUGGUUGAAUGUCUUUAUAAGUACUGUAGGUUGUAUGUAAUGGAGAACUCCUGUGUGUAAGUUUCAUCAAGGAACUACAAUGUACUAUUCUGUGGUUACCAGCCUUUUACAUUCCAGUGUACCAAUUAGUCAUUUAUCAAACCAUGAUAACUUUUAGCUUGUACUCGUACCAUUGGGGUGAUAUUGUGCAAUUAAGAAAAUUGAAUAAUGUUACCUAGUUGAAUGUGUGAUCUGUAUGACUUAUAUUUUACUACGUUUUAUUACAGUAUUUAUGGGUCUUAAUGAUAAAAAUUUCAACCAAGGUGGAAUUUAAGUUUACCAGACGUCUAUCAGCUAUGUGACUGAUGUAUUGGCAACUGUUCUGAAAAUGGUUAUGUCUUUUUCAACAGAGGCCAAUCUCAUACCACAGUAUCGAAAUGAAACAGCUUCAACUUUUUACUGAAGAAAAUAUAUUACAUAUAAACACCUUAAAAAAUGUG